UGUCUCCUUCCCUGCCCCCUCUCCCGACCCACAGUCUCCUCCGGCUCCUCCAAAGGCCUUUAAUACAGAGGGAAGCAGCGAGGAGGGACAGCAGCAGCAGCAGCAUUAGCAUUGUGCGGACUUGUUACAGCGUCUCCCACAGGCAGGGUCAUACAGCAGGAUGGUUGGGAUACCGGGAUCUUUUCACUAAAAAUAAGAGUAUAUAAACAAGCUGUGUGUCCAUGCUGACCCCAUGUAGAAGAACACGUAGCAGGAUUCCACCCCCCAGCCCCUGUGGCUGUGCAGUAAUGAAACGAUGUGUAAUGGAGUUGCCGGUGACAGGAGGGUGCCAGCAAUGCCCGGGUCCCCUAUGGAAGUGAAAAUUCAUUCUAGGUCUUCACCGCCUACCAUGGCUCCUUUGCCACCUGUGAACCCAAGUGGACCACGGCCAGUGUCUUUCCCGCCCUCCUCACUUUCAAAUGGCAUGAACCAUUCUCCUCCCUCACUGAACGGAGCCCCUUCCCCACCCCAGCGUUCCAGCAAUGGUCCUUCAUCUUCCUCUUCGUCAUCUCUAGCCAAUCAGCAACUUCCAGCCACAUGUGGAGUCAGGCAGCUCAGCAAACUGAAGAGGUUUCUCACUACAUUGCAGCAAUUUGGCAACGAUAUCUCCCCAGAGAUUGGGGAGAAGGUCCGUACCCUGGUCCUUGCUCUGGUGAACUCUACUAUAACUAUAGAGGAAUUUCACUGCAAGCUCCAGGAAGCCACCAACUUCCCCCUCCGACCAUUUGUGAUCCCCUUUCUGAAGGCCAAUUUACCACUUUUGCAGAGGGAGUUGCUGCAUUGUGCCCGUGCUGCCAAACAAACACCCUCACAGUACUUGGCACAGCAUGAGCACCUCCUGCUCAACACCAGCACUUCUUCGCCAUCUGACUCAUCCGAAUUGCUUAUGGAGGUCAAUGGACAUGGAAAGAGGCACAGCCCAGACAGGAGAGAAGAGAAUGGCUUUGAAAGAGAACCUAUGGCUCCCGAGCCACCUGUGAAGAGAGUCUGCACCAUUAGUCCAGCCCCGCGACACAGCCCAGCACUUUCCUUGCCCCUUCUGAACUCUGGCAACCAGUUUCACCCCACCCCUCCUCCUCUGCAACAUUAUUCAUUGGAUGAUAUUCCAGGAUCACAGCUGUACAGAGAUCCACUAGGCAAGAUUGGGGAUUGCAGAGAUGGGAGAGAGCGUCAGCAUCCUGUGGGUGGAGUAAAUGGUAACUUAAACAAUGGCUACCAAGAAGAACUUGUGGACCAUAGGCUGACCGAGAGAGAAUGGGCAGAAGAAUGGAAGCAUCUAGAUCACGCCUUGAACUGUAUCAUGGAAAUGGUGGAAAAAACAAAGCGCUCAAUGUCAGUGUUGCGCAGGUGUCAAGAAGUGGACAGGGAUGAGCUAAAUUACUGGAAAAGACGUUACAGCGAGUCCUCUGAGAUUAGGAAAGGAAGUGAGCACAUGAGCAGACAGCAUAGUCCAACCAGUACGGACUCUGGCACAAAUGAUUCUCAGAGGGAUUUUGGGAGCCGAACGGGCGGAGGCUAUGUUACUGAUGAGAUCUGGCGGAAAGCAGGUACAGGAUGCCACCUACUACCAUCUGGGGACAGAACACCUCGAGAAGAGGCCGUUAAUGAGGUGAAACGUCAGGCUAUGUCCGAGGUGCAGAAGGCUGUAUCUGAGGCUGAGCAAAAGGCGUUUGAGAUGAUUGCAUCUGAGAGAGCCAGGAUGGAACAGACUAUUGCAGAUGCCAAGCGGAGAGCAACUGAGGAUGCAUUCCUUGUAAUAAACGAGCAGGAGGAAUCCACCGAGAGCUGUUGGAACUGUGGUCGUAAAGCAAGUGAGACAUGCAGUGGGUGUAACAUUGCUCGAUACUGUGGCUCAUUUUGCCAGCACAAAGACUGGGAAAAGCACCAUCGUAUCUGUGGCCAGACCCUAAAUGGUCCCACUAAGGCACUGAAUCCAGUACGUUCUCUGCUACCCAAAACCAUUGACCCCAUUUUGCUGAGUCCUGCAGUUGAAAGGUCGUCCAGUGCCACCUCUCGCUCCUCUACUCCUGCAUCUGUCACUGCUGUUGAAAGCCUGUGAAGUGGGAACUUUCUCUUCUGUAUUCAAUAUCUUCUAUAAUGCCCAGCUCUUUAUGGAGCUCAGAUUAAACAUGAAUAUAGAGACUACUCACUGAACCCCAUUGAAAGAUGGAUUCUGUGUAUCCUUUUCAAAAUAAAGACUUGAUGGACCAUCCAUUUCAAUUUUGCCAGUUAGCCUACCAUACACAACACAUUUGGCUUCACAAGGCGAAAUAAGAACUUCUGAAAGACUGUUCACAACCAAACAACGUCCAUUUUGUUCUCUUUCUCCAGGGUUAUUUUUUUAUCUUCCUGCAAACCAUUUCUGGACAGUACAGACCUGUUAGCCAUUCCAACUGGAGAGGAGAAGCUUUGGAUAUUAAAAUAACAUAUAUUUAUCAUGAUUAAGGCUGUAAGCUCUGCGCCAAAAUAGCAGCACUAGCAGUCAUGAAGUUAUCCUGCAUGUACCUCUAUAUUUUCUUUCCUUUAUAUAAAUGGAUUCCCCUUUGUUGUAAAUAUGUCUUCACCUUUUUUGUAGUUGACUUUUUAACUGUAUUUUUAAAUGUAAAAAGGCUGCUAUGACCCCUUAUUUAGACAUUGUUAAACAUAAAUAGUUUAUCUGACAAAAGAAAAGCAAACAACCUCAGGAUACAGUUACAUUAAAUGGUUCAAAGGUGUACCUAGUGAGAGCCAGUUGUAUUAGUGUAUUGGGAGAACAUAGCUCCGGUUAUCAGACGUCUGUAAAUAGAUGUUACCGUGUUGUAUGGUUGAUGCAUGUAACUUCUUUAACAGUCAUUUCUUGCUAACUGCAUUGAGAGUUAAUCUAAAUUAAAUACCACACACAUGUCCUAAUAUGUAACAUUUCUGAAAGUGAUGCAAUGGAAAUAGAUGGUGUUACCUGUUACAUCUAACCGGAACUAGAAAACCAAACCACAAAGGUAUUUUUUUUUUAUUACUUUAAUGUUAAAUUGGUUUUCCUUAAUGCUCUCCAUACUGUUCUGAAGUACAGCCUAUUAAUCCCCACUUCAUUUAAAAUAUAAAAGUUCCUUAAGUUCUAAGAAUCAUUCCCCUUUUUAAAUUAUGAUCUUUCAAAUAAGCAUUUAAGAACAACUGAAUUUUAGUCUAGCCUCACAAUUCUACAGGCAACACACAAUUGGUUUUGUGACACCAGAGUCUUAAGUGAUUUGUUCUCACUUUCUCCACCCUUGGCAUGGAACUGCAUCAGAUAUCCACUACAACUGCUCCUUGUUCUCUGCCAGACACUAUAGUAGAGAAGCUCCCCUUUGCAUCCAAAGACAACACAUCGCCAAAUAUAAACAUCAUUCUGUUUGUCUCAUGAGUUUAUGUUUUUUCGAAGUAAAAGAACGUCUCACAUUUCAUUUUCCUCUUUCCUGCUGUAUCCUGGAUGAAAUCUUAAAAUUUUAUAUAUUAUGAGAUAUUUCAAGAAUAAGCUACAUAAAAUAUGUGUAACCUGUAUGGAUAAGCUAGGUCUUUACUACCAAGUUUAUUCAAUAAAAUCUGGUUUGCCAACCUCUAUGGAUUACUGUCUGUUUAGCCCCAGAGGUUUUCUUUUGUGUUAUCUAAAGCCGGGCAUACACUAUA